UUGAUUAGUUGAUUUGGCUGUUCUGACCACCACCCAAACCCUCCCCUCACCCUUUUCCUCUGUCUUGCUUCGCUAUCGCUCUCUCUCUCUGCGCAAGUGCUCUCAACAAACUCUUUCCGAAACCCUAGAUUUCCCGAAUCCCUCUCCCUCUCUGUCUCUCCCCCUCUCUCUCUCUCGCUCACUGCCUUGGCUUUGCGUCUUCGGAGCUCCAAUCCACAGUGUGUGUAUGUGUGUUUGUGUGUUCAUUUGUGUUGGUUGAUUAGAUCUUCGCUCUCCCUCUCUCUCUCGCUCGUUCAAGUUCAUCACCUUUUGACUAUUCAAUGGCGGAAGGCAAGCUCGAUCUACCGGACGAUCUCCUCAUAUCCAAGCCGUCCGAUCAUUCCUGGACCUCCAAAGUGGAAGCUUCUGGAGGGAAUGAGGAGGAAAAGGGGCUUAUGUUACUUGAUGAGUCAAAAGAUCAAGCGGCAUCAGAAAGCAGCAUACCUCUGUCUCCCCAGUGGCUUUAUGCCAAACCAACUGAACCAAAGAUGGAAAUGCGUGCUCCAACUUCUGGGUCUCUUGGAAACUCUACUGAUCCUAAUCAGAAAGAGGGUUGGCGUUUGGAUGGAUCUGAGGACAGAAAAGAUUGGAGGAGGACUGCCACGGACAGUGAUAGUAGCCGUCGCUGGCGUGAAGAGGAAAGAGAAACUGGCUUACUUGGUGGCAGAAGAGAUCGCAGGAAGGCAGAACGCCGUGUUGACAAUCUCUCUAUCAGAGAAACAAGUGAGAGUAGAGCAUUGCCUACCACUGAUCGGUGGCAUGAUGGUCGUAAUUCUGGACAUGAAACACGGCGUGAUAGCAAAUGGUCAUCUAGAUGGGGUCCUGAAGACAAAGAUAAGGACUCCCGAACUGAGAAGAAGACAGAUCUGGAGAAGGAAGAUGCUCACAAUGACAAUCAAUCUUUUGCAAGUAGUAACCGUUCAGCUUCUGAGCGUGACUCAGAUUCUCGCGAUAAAUGGAGGCCACGACAUAGAAUGGAGGUUCAUUCUGGUGGUUCAAAUGCCUACCGUGCUGCACCUGGAUUUGGACUUGAGAGAGGACGGGUGGAGGGUUCAAACUUGGGAUUUACCCUUGGACGUGGAAGGCCAAAUGUUGUUGGGAGAGGUUUAUCUACAGGCCCCAUUGGUGCUGCUCAUUCUGACAAGAGUGAAAGUGUUCCUGGAAGACCUAGCCACUCUGUUGAUUCUUUUUGCUACCCAAGGGGAAAGCUUCUUGACAUAUAUCGGAGGCAGAAGCUUGGUCCAUCGGCUACUACCAUGCCAGAUGAGAUGGAGGAAUUGCCCCCCAUUAGUCAAGUUGGCUUUAUUGAACCAUUGGCUUUUGUUGCCCCUGAUGCGGAAGAGAAGGCCAUCCUUGGCGAUAUAUUGAAGGGUAAGAUCACAAGUAGUGGGAUGGUGUACAGUUCGUAUAGGAAGGGGAGAUCAACUGAAAAUAUUACAGGUGUUGAAGACUUAGACUACACUGAACAAAGUCAGGGUAUAUUACCCUCAAGUCUCAAUGAAGAGUCUGUUGAUGCCUCACAAGAAUCUGCAACUGAUGAUGCAUUUCAGGCUGAUGAUGGUGGUGCCUUGUCAAAAUAUGGUACACAGAGGAAUAUGGUAGACGAAAUAUAUGUUAAAGAAGCAGAAUAUAAAGUUACUGGAGCAAUUCAUCGGUUGGAAGAUGGAUUGGCCGCAACAGUUUCAGAAAGUAAUGGUGUCUAUGGUGCCAUAGAGAUUGAUGGUGCUUCUCAGAUCAAUAUUGGUGAAAAAUGGCAGAUGGCGGAAGCUGAUUGUACCAAGCAUGCUCAGUUUGAUGCCAUUGAGUUCUCCACUUCAUUUGACAUCAGGUCCAACCUUCCUGAUGAUUCAAGUUCUCUCUUUGUUUUGCCUUCUCCUGAGCAGAAUCAAAGUACCAACACUGAGGCAAAUGGAUUAGAAAGGGUAGCCCCGCCUGAGGAGUUAAGUUUGUGCUACAUUGAUCCUCAAGGGGUGAUCCAGGGACCAUUUGUUGGGGCUGACAUCAUUUUGUGGUUUGAACAAGGGUUUUUUGGGACAGACUUGCUAGUCCGCUUUGCAGAUGCUCCUGAAGGGGCGCCUUUCCAGGAAUUGGGUAAGAUCAUGCCUUAUCUGAAAGCCAAUGAUGGAUAUGCCAAUAGCAGCGAACCAAACUCUAAGCUAGAACACUUCGAACAGUUGGACGAUAGUUUACCUGCUGCUUCUUCUGUUUUGAAAAGUAAUUCGUCUGCAGUAAAUGACCUGGGCCAGCCAUUGCCUGAGUUUAAUAGCCUUUCAGCUCAGCAUGUUCAGUCAAGAGUAUCUGAACCUGAGGUUUCAUUGCAACUGCCGCAUUCUGAGGGUCAAAGCUUUCAUAAGUUUGUUACACAAGACGAAGAAAUUGUGUUUGCAGGUCUUCCUGGAAACACAGGAUAUUCUAUUGCCAAACCUACUGGGAGCAGUCGUCAUUCAUCUGAAAAUUCUAUCGGCCAUCCUUCUCUUCCAAAUGAAUUGACAGAACCUGGUGUACCAAAUCAUAAUGAUAAUAAAUUGCACCCCUUUGGCUUGCUCUGGUCUGAGCUUGAAGGUCCUAUAAAACAUGCAAAGUCAUCCAUUCCGUCCGGCACUGGAAGGGCUGCUCCAUUUGGUGUGAUGGCUGAUCCAGCUCUUGCUGCAGAGACAUGGUCUGAUGUUUAUAGAAAAAAUACAAUUCCUGAACCCAUGUAUCAAGAUGCCAUGGCUGCUCAUCAUUUGUCACGCAUGGAACAGGAGUCAAACCAUUUUGAUUUAGCAGAGCACCUUAGGGCACAGCAAUUUCAGCAGCAGCAACUCCAACAACGAAAUCUGUUGUCUCAUGCACACAUAAAUGAAUCAGUUUUAGACCAUGUUCCUACUCAGAAUCUUAUACACCACCAGCAGUUGGCCAAUCGUUCUGCACCGGAUCUGGAUCAUCUUUUGACACUUCAGCUGCAACAGCAGCGGCAGAUUCAGCUCCAACAACAUCAUCAAUUGCAGCAACAACAGCAGUUUCAUCAACAGCAAAAGCUUUUGCAGGAGCAACAGCAAUCUCAAGUCCGGCAGGUGCUUCUAGAGCAGUUGUUACGUAAUCAAAUGCAUGAUCCUGGCCUUGGGCAGUCGCAUAUGGAUCCUAUCAGAGCCAAAAGUGUCCUUGAUCAGGUUUUAUUAGAGCGGCACCUUUUACACGAAAUGCAGCAACAGUCUCAUCAUCCUUCAAGGCAUGUUGAUCCAUCUUUAGAGCAGCUUAUUCAAGCAAAAUUCAGUCAUAUGCCACAACAAGAUCAUCAAAGAGAUUUAUUUGAGCUUUUAUCACGUUCACAGCAUGGACAGAUGUCAUUGGAACAACAGCUUCUUCAACAAGACCAGCUGCAGGCCAGGCAGUUAAUGGGAUUGAGGCAGCGGACUGGUAUUGAAGGAGAGAGGCAUAUUGGUUCCAAAUGGCCAACAGAUGAAUCUGAUCAGUUUCUCAGGACUAUUGCUGGUUCUCACCGAGCUCACUCUUCAGGUUUUGGCCCAUUGGAUGUUUAUCAGCGACAACAGAGGCCACCGCAUGAGGAGCAGCUGAAUCACCUUGAGCGGAACGUUUCAGUGCAGGAGCGACUUCGGCAAGGGAUUUAUGACCCUGGCUCACUGCCAUUUGAGCGCACAAUGUCGUUGCCUGCUGGUGCUCCAGGGAUGAAUCCGGAUGUUCUAGCUAGGGCUCGUGCUCACGGUUUAGAUAUGCAGGAACCAAGUGCACGUAUGCAAUCUGCUAGUCAAGUGGGUGCAUUUUCACCUGGCAUCCACCCGCAUAAUCCCCACCAUCUUUUGGUCCCCAAUCAAUUUCAUACUUCAGAAUUGGAUGCAAUCGAGGGCCGCUGGUCUGAGAACAAUGAGCAACUAGAGAAUGACUGGAUUGAGUCUCGGAUUCAACAACUGCAUAUCAAUGCUGAGCGUCAGAAAAGGGAGUCAGAAAUUAAAAUGACUUCUCAAGAUCCGACUUUGUGGAUGUCAGAUGGGUUCAAUGAUGAAAAGUCGAAACAAUUGUUGAUGGAGUUGCUCCAUCAGAAAUCAGGUCAUCAAUCUAUUGAGCCAUUAGAUGCAGGCAAGGAAACAAGGGCAACAGCUGGCCUCUAUUCUGGGUCAAGCUCCUCAGACCACCCAUUCAGUCUUCUCCUAGAUCGAGAAGCAGGUCUGAAUAACUCAUUUGCAGUGGGGUCUUAUGGUUCUAAUUCAUGUGAACCACUGCAGGAUGAGUGGGCAAGCAGUGAAAUAAUGCCAUAUAGAUCUGAUUCUGGGGCAUUGAUUGAGGGAGAGUCACGAUUGGCUGGCAUCAAUGAGACUGGUCAGGCAAUUUACACAAACUCUAGCAUGAUUGGCAAGUCAUCUAUGAGCAAUGAGUUCUUGGAGGCCGACAGCAGGAAGCAUGGGUCCAAAAGUGUUGGUAUGAUGAAGGGUCCAGCUUUCGAGAUUCAAGAAGGCAGGGGUGAGCAAGCUGGGUUGGCUGCUCUAGAUCGUGGGGAGAUUUCAAUUAAUGCUCUUAACAGGCAAUCAUCAAUUGGUGGGAAAACAGGCUUCUACAAUGAAAACAUUGGACAUUGUAAUUCAUUUGUGGAGGAGGUCUCCAAGGAGCGGGUUCCUGUUCCAUCCAAAGGGCAAGAGAAUAUUUUGCUGAGACGUCCUCCUGUCUCUCAUACUUCAUCACAGGAAGGAUUGUCUGAGCUGCUCUCAGAUCCAGUUAUGAGAGGGAAAACUCCUUCGAGUGGUGCUUCUGAAGGGGGAAGGCGAGACGCAGGGGUGAAUUUAUUAAACCAAAACUCAGACAUCAUGGCAUCCGGCAAGAAAGACAUGCGUUUCCGGCGUGCUUCAUCUUGCGGUGAUGCUGAUGUUUCAGAGGCAUCAUUUAUGGAUAUGCUGAAGAGUAAUGCAAAAAAGACUGCACCGGCAGAGGCACACUUGGCAGGAUUUUCGGAGACAACAGAUGGAGCACAAGGUGGACGCAGUGGCAAAAAGAAGGGGAAAAAAGGGAGGCAAAUUGAUCCUGCUCUCCUUGGUUUCAAAGUCACCAGCAAUCGCAUAAUGAUGGGUGAAAUUCAACGCAUAGAGGAUUAGCCCCUUUUGAUUUGUAUUUUCUUUUUCUACAUUUUGUUCAUUUUUAAAAAGUUGUAUAGGUUAGGUUCAAAGCCCUUGGUAUGAAGCAAGCAUCUGCCAAUGAGAAUUCUUUCAUUCUUACAGUGUGCAGUGUAGUAACGUAGUUACAAGGUAUAGUUUUGUACAGACUAGCAAGGUUUAUAAGGAAAAUAUUUGUACC